ACAAAAGUGAGCAAAUUUACUAGUUGUUGACUUAAUAAGAUCAUAGAUAUUUUAGUAAAUUUGCUCACUUUUGUAAUUUUCACUACACUGCGUGAUACAGAAUCGACCCUCUGGUUGCUUCUACUACCGCGCGCCGUACUUUUUCGAUCUCCGCCAGCGGCCCGAGAUUGAAGAAAAACGGCGCGCGAUAGUAGGGACAGUCGGAGGAGAAAUUUCCGAGAAAUACUUCUCCUGGAGCGGAACGACAUAUGCACUCCUCCGUACAUUUAACUUCUACCCACAUAGCAUCAUCAUGCAGAUUUUGCCUGCUUAACCAUUCUCCAGGAAGAAGUGAUUACUUAAAAUCCGAACAGUUUCGAGUGUUGGAGCUUUAUCCGCAGAAAAAAGCAGCUAAGCAAGAGCAAAAAAAGAAACGAAAGAUCGAUGUGCCUCCACCGAGAACGACGCAGAUGCCCGUUGAUCAGGAUUGGGCUUCAGUUUGGCCGGGUACGCGUACUUUUCAUCCAGCCUCAGUGCCUCUUCCAGUGCGCCAAGGUUAUGUAGAAAAAGGCGCACCACUUAGCAAAUAUGUCAAUGCCGAGCUUAUGAAAAUACCUAACUUUUUGCAUCUCACACCACCGGCAAUUCGAAAACAUUGCGAAGCAUUGAAGCAAUUUUGUACCAAAUGGCCUAUAACUUUGGACACCGAAGAAAAGUGUAGAGAACACUUUCCUCUUGAGAUUAUCAUAUCUGAUUACUGUUAUGCUUCACCUACGAUUAGAGAUCCACUUGCCAGGAUUGUGAGUUUGCAAGUAAAAUUAUCUUCUCUUCAUCUAGACACUCAUGCUAAAGACAAGUUGUUAAGAUUACUUGGAAAUAAGUACAAUCCAGAAACCGAUAUAAUAACGAUCACAGCUGACAGAUGUCCAACUAGGAGGCAAAAUUUAGAUUAUGUACACUAUCUUCUUAUAGCAGUAUAUCAUGAAUCUUGGAGAGUAGAACCCUGGGAAGCAGAAAAGUCUUUGGUAGAUAUGGAGUACUUUGAUUGGGACACCAGCCAGAGUCGUAAGAAUCUGGUAACACUGUACAAAUGGCCGGAAUCACCAACUGAUCACGACUAUGACGAUAUACCUAAUGUGACAGAAUUUAAAAUUGCUGUUUCAGAUCUUAUAAAUAACGGCGAGGAUCAAUACGCGAUCAAUAAAUACAAAGGAGCUGUUAAAACUUUGUUAAACCUUAAGAUAUUUUUUUUAUGUUUCUUAUGAUAAGCAAUGAGGGAAGAAGAGAAGCCUAUUUAGAGACAUCAGUUUGCCCAAAUCCGCCUCUGUGUUUCAUAUCGGAUACAUCCAAGACAGAAUCAAAUAGCAUAUCGUUUCUACCUUAUCAAAAUUCUCAUAAUUAUGCCAGGCAACGAUCGAAUCUUCAACGCAGCUACUACAGUGGGUUUGGUUCAUCCGCGUCGCCGGCUUAUUACGCAGCUUUCGAUCCUAUCAGCGUGUUAGCAUCGCUGGCAUUUUUGGCAUUUUUAUUGCAAUCAUUCGCUUCGCUUUUCGACCGUUCGAGGUCAAUUUUACCGACGAUAGUCAGCGGCAGACAAUUGGCCAUAGAUGACUCAAUGAUUCCAGAAAUUUCUAAACAUGUGUCGCACGCUUUACGAGAAUAUGAAAAUCUUAAUGAAGACUUAGAGAACAAGUAAAAUUGAUGAAAUAAUCGCUUUUCUUUUUAUCAUUUAAACGCGGUAAUACAAUUUUUGCCGUUUAUCCGCAAGCAAAUUUUAAUCAUUUCCGUAUAAAUAAUUUAUUUGUUUAGUAAAAGCACACACAAGUAUGUGUGUACAUAUUAUAUACACACACAUACAUUGCAUACAAAUAGUUUCUCUCAAUAGAGUACUUUUUACAUAGCAGAGAUUCCUACUAAAAUUGUUGUUAUUGCAUAUAAAAAUUACUUUUAAGUUCGUCAAUAGGUUUCCAAACUGUACCAUUUAGGUGGAAAUAUAUUGUGGUAACAAAUUGCAUUCAUUAAGAUUCAUUAUUAAUAUAAAUUAUGUAAUUCGUUAAAAUUCAUACACACUACGUGCGAUCAUUAUUCUAUUUUGUUUUUGCAGUCUUAUAGGUAGUUAUAACAUUAUUAAAAUACAUGAA